UCUACACAUGGUAUAUAUUAGCCCUCAUCCUUCAAUCCUUACCCGUAGGCUAUAACACACCCCAACUCCUCCUUUUGAAAAAAAAAAGUCUUAGUAAAAGAAAAUACAAAAUGUCCCUCCAAAAAAUCGUCCAAUGCCUCUCUCCCCUCCCGAGAGAACUCGCCCACCAAAUCCUCUCCGACAUCCGCAUUUGGGACAUCCUGCGCCUCCUAAUCCACAACAACCCAAACGUAACAACCGACAUCCUCACCCACCCACACCUGCGAAAAGUUCUCCCGGAGGACCCUCAAGCCCUCAACUCGUUCAUCCAAACUGCAACCCUCUACCGCGACGUCUGCGCCGCUCACCACCUCCAGCCAGCUCCCCUAUCAUCCCCCCUAGCCAAAAACACCCAGGCCUGGAAAUCAGACUACAAAGACCUUACAAACUACAUGCACAGCCGCAUCUUCCUGGAACUACGCCUGGACGGCUGGAAACACGAAAUUCUAUCCCGCCACACACCCCCAGAAUCCCCAUUUCCAGAAGUGUGGGACUACUCCACCAUCUCAAAUAUGCAAACACGAUGGAAUACAAUCCAAGCUGCCCAAGCGACCCUCAACCAAAGGAGAGCCAUGCAGCUACGCCACGCCGCGGAUCUCCUCGAGGCGAAUCCAGAUAUACUGAAAAAGACAAGAGAUCCAAGCCAAACGCCGCGGAAGAAUCCGGGCCACGUUGUGCAGCUGUUCAGGCGGCUUGCAGAGCGGGGAACGAAUCGGUCUUUGCUGCGGGGGGAUCAGCUGCGUGGACUGUUAUAUUUCUUUUAUGCGUUUUUCCCGGUCAUGCCCUUUGAUGAGGCUUUGGGGGUUGUUGUGAAUGGGUUGGAGGGGGUGGGGGUUGGGAUUGGGGAGCUGUUUGCGGAUGAGGGUUCGGAGUGCGUUCAGAAGGUGAAGUUAGAGGUUGAAGGAGAGAUUGAGGAGGCUAUUUGGGUGGUUAUUGAGGGGUUGAGGUGGGUUUAUAGGGCGGAGGAUGAGGCAGGGAAAAGGGUGAAAAGGGUGGAGAGGUUGGAGGGGGGGACGGUGCUUGUGCAUCCUAUGGGACCAGAGGAUGCGUGGGCAGACUCCAGGGAAGGGUUGGCGUGGCAGUAUGAAGUUCAUGAUGAGAGGGAAGCUCGCUGGUUGGAGGCUUUUGUGAAGAUUUACCGGUAUUUUGAGAGGUUGGAGAGUAAGGAUAAGGGGGUAUAAUUUAGUGACCCUCUUGACGACAUUGACCAUCUCUAUACGGACAACUUUUGGAUCUCUUCGACUGUCCAACCAGGGUCACAUGGACCCAUACAAGUGCCUAAUUCUGCACUUUUGAAAAUCGCUUAAUUAACUUACAUGUUCUUAGGAACCUGCUGGGACAUUUUCCGAUGGGUAUGCUUGAAGCGGAGAAUUCCUCUCUCGUUCCCUGCCGUUACCUAGAGCCCCAAGUUGCUGCUAUGCGAAGGCAGCCGAAUCUAAGUUAACUGAAUAGAUGGAAGCCUUGAAAGAGAGGGAAGAUUAAAUCGUUAGC